AUGCAUCAGUGUUCAUAUUGUGACAAACAGUUUGACCGUCCGUCCCUACUCAAGCGUCACACCCUCACUCACACUGGUGAGAGACCGUUUGAGUGCAGAUUCUGUGGGAAGGGCUUCUCUACUCGAAGCGGAGUCAAUACUCAUGAACGUACGCACACCGGACACAGACCAUAUGUUUGUCGAAUCUGUGGACGGCGAUUCGCUGCUGGGUCAAAUCUUAUUUUUCACAAAUACACACAUACAAAUGUGAGUCCAGUACUUUGGGCUAAUCAGCUUGUUUUUUCGACUCCUUAUUUUAAGACGCGACGGCACCAGUGCACCCAGUGCCCGAAGGCCUUCGUGACGCCUGGUGACCUCCGCAAGCACGAGUACACGCACACUGGCGAGUGGCCGUUCAGGUGCGCGGUGUGCAACCGAGGCUUCGCGACAGAACGCAACCUCAAGACCCACGAAAUCAUCCACACUGGUAUGACGUUUCUGAGUUGCAUUGCAGAGGUGACUGCCCUGAUGCGUAGCCUUUAUGCGUCUUUCCUAUUUACAGGUCAGAAACCUUUCACUUGCACUAUUUGUGCAAAAUCCUAUACACAAGAGAGCUCCCUCAAGACCCAUAUGAGGAAUCACCAACGUAAGCAGAAGCGCCUGUGUUCGCGGGCUACAAAUGUUAAACAUUUGCAGAAAAACCCUAACAGAUGGGUUUUUAUUUUAGAAGACUUCGCAGGCGCAAUGAGUCAAGGGGCUCCUCAAAAUAUGGGCUCCUCCCCACCCUCAAGGGAGGGUAGUCAAGUCGCCCAGCAGUCCCUAACACAGAGGCAGCCAAUUCGUCUUGAUCAAAUGCCACCAUUUAGCUCCUUGGCAUUCAUGGAGCACUACCGGCAGUUGUACCAAGCGUACAUGAGAGGAGUUUUACGGGAGUUGCCUACGAGCAGUCGGAGUGCCUUCACAGACCUUCGAAGACCAGAAAACACCCACAGUCCCCUCGUUCCCAGUAUUUCAGGCCUCACAUUGGAACAGGCGACACCAGAGCAAUUUCCUCCCGAACAGACAUGCGUUCUUGACCUCUCCAAGAAAGAUCGGCGGUAG